AUGGACGGUGUUGUUAUGGUUUCCGAUAUGGCCUGGAUCCAAAGGGGCGUGGCCAAAGAGGUUCCGGAUAAAAUCAAAUUGACGGCCGAGGAGUUGAAACAGCUUGUUGAAGGAGGCGUUCCUGUCGAAUCUGAGCAUGACAGCAGUGAUAAUGAGGAGAAAAUGGAUGGCGAGAAUGAGAAAACUGGUGGACUUCGAGGUUCGGAAGCAUCGAAGGAUGUUGAAAUGGAAGACGAAGACGCGGAUUUUGAUGAGAAAUACAUGAAAGCUUAUGAUAAUAAGGAAGAAGUGCACGGAGGCAAUGGAAUGCGAGGAAUUGCGAUGUUCGCGUCGAACAAAGACGAUCCGUACGUGACGAAUCAGGUGGAUUCGGACGAGGAAGAAGAGAAAGACGAGAUCGUCGUCCGUCGCGACGACAACAUGGUGGUGUUGUCGAAAAUCGACAAAGGCGACUUCAAUCUCGAGUGCUAUGUGUACAAUGAGGCCGACAAUGACUGGUAUUGCCAUCAUCAUUACAUUCUGGACGCGCCGCCGCUGUGUUUGGAGCCCGUUCAACAUGAUCCCGGCAAUGAGGAGACCGGCAAGGUUCGGCCGACAUUUAUAGAAAUUUGCUGUCUUUUCGGAGGGUGUGGGAACUAA